AUCUUUUGUAAAGCUGGAGUUGUGUGGGAUACAUGCAGAGAGAGUUAAGUGGCGUACCUACAAUACUAUCAGGCAAGAACACAGACGUUAAUACUACAAAAAUAUGGCUUUAAGCGAACAGGAGAAGUUGCUUCUGAAGCUGAAGAUGGCCGAGAGUGCCGAACGAUACACGGACAUGCUGGAAGUUGUGAAACGUUUGGCCCAAGAGUACCCGGAAUAUCUCAUUAAAGAAGGUCAGCUGAAGUUCCUGUCCAUCGCCUUCAAGAACUGUGUUGGACACCGGCGCUGUUCGUGGAGAAUCAUUAACAGUAUGCCCCAGGCCACCAACGAGAGGACGAAAGAUAUCAUGAGACGGUUUUUGGCGAACAUUGAAGACGAGCUCACAGAGUACUGCACAGACAUAGUGGACAUUAUCGACAAACAUUUACUCAAAGUUGCAACUACGAUGGAUGCGAAGGUCAGUCUUCUCAAAACCAAGGGAGAUUACUCUCGAUAUAUGGCGGAAAUUCAAACAGCUGACAAAAAAGCAGCAUCGGUGAGCAAUGCAGAGACGUUUUAUAAGAAAGCCAUGACGGAAGUGGAGUCAAUGCCUCCGACCCACCCAGAGAAGCUUGGCCUGGCUCUCAACGUGUCUGUGUUCUACUAUGAGAUUGCAGAGAACCGCCACCAUGCUUGUAAAUUAGCCAAAUCGGCGUUCGACGCGGCCAUUGCCGACCUGGACAACCUUGAUGAAACCAACUACAAGAGCAGCACGCAGAUACUCCAACUCAUCAGAGAUAACUUAACGUUAUGGACUUCGGAGGACCCGGAUGACAGUACAGAUUGAUGCACACUCCGAUACAUCAAACACAGGAUAUGUUCCAUCAGUUUACUUCACUUACAAUAUAUACUGAACAUAUUGAUAUUUAGAAGCGCUCUGAGCAAACCCUUUAUGUCAUAACAUUGAUCACCAGAGAGUCAUUGUUGAUAACGUAUGCUAAAAUCAAUACAGGCAUUAUGUUAGUUGAACGUUUCAAUUGAUCACCCAUAGUAUUAUUUGUUGACGGUGGUAUAAAUCCAUAAUGUUUAUGCUGACCUUUCUUAAGGAGAUUGUGAACUAUCACAACUCCCCAUUUUACAAUCCAUGUGUAGCUUUCUUCUACUUACUAGUUUGUAUGUGAUCUUUGACCAGAAAUAGUAAUACCGUGUUGGCCCAUUUUAUUAAGUCAAGUCUAUAAAUUCUACCCUAUGAAGUCAUUUUUUCAAACGUAUUUAUCAUUUACAAAAGACAUAUGUAAUAAUGAUGUUAAUUGUAAGGCAAUACAUAUUUUAAACAUAUAUGUUUUACUGAGAACGAUUUCAAGGGUUUCUGAAUAAAUCUUCCUUUCAACACAUCAGUUAUAGUGUAAAUUUCGCAACAUUUUGUUAAUUAAUAAGUAUCCCCUUCAAAAGAACUGUGUGUAAGAGGUUCUGGUAAGAUAACUCCAUUAUUUGCUGCUGAUUAUGAGGAAAUAAAAGUUGGUAUUGUAAA